AUGAGAAGGUCCCAUUUAUUUGCACCAAUUUCAAUCUGCAUUCUGCUAUCAAUGUUGCCGGUUCUCGAUUGUUGGUGGUGAGUUUUUGAAAAGAGUAGGGCUGAUUCACGAACGAAAACUGUUUUAAAAAAAUUUUUAUUGAAAGAGCAGUUAACUCAGAAUUUUUUUUGUACGGCGACAGUCUGUUUGGUGUGCGUGUUCUGAACUAUCCUCGUACAGGAACGCGUCCAAGCGGAGUAUUGGCACAUGUUCAGUACAGUCUUCGUACACAAAUCGUUCAGUACCCGCACAACGCUGCUAGGCUCUCAGAAAUGGGGUAUCGAAAAAAGACAGGGCAGGUACAGCAGGACGACGUGAGAGCGAUGAAAGAGAGACAGUACGCGUACAAACUUAAGAAUUUAUUCAUUAAAAAAUCCAGUGACAAAGUAUAGACAUUACUCGUACAAUUAUUAGACGGUGGUGAGAUGUAGUGGAGUUGUGAUUUUGGCACUUGUCCAAAGCGAAUUUCGAAACUUUUCGAAAAUAAUUGAACCAUCUUCGUUCCAUUUUCAUCAGUUUCGCACUGUUUAUCCAUUGCUGAAGUGAAGAUGAAUUGAUGAAGUAGAUAGAAUCAUAGGUAUCUGCAAUUUAAUGACGGUAAUAACUCGAAAUGUAUCCAAAACUAAAAACUCACUUUUGAAACCAGAAAAUAUUUGAAGUUGGAGCGGCAGAGCAAUUUAAUCGAUUUCGACGUGGCCCGGCUUCCAUGUUGAUGCAGUCGAGUGCUCCGGCUUAAAAUUAGUUAUAUGAAAAUCGAGAAAAAAAACAAUUUCAAAGCGUGGAAUUUCACAAUAAUCACAAUGAAAACGAGAAUCAAUUCAGAAUUUAGUUUCACAAUUCUAAGUUGAUUAUUUUCUUCUAUUUUGAUACAACAAAAUAACAAAACUAAUAAUUCAAACUUGAAAAAGGAAAGAAAAACGAUGAAAUCCCAAAAAAACGAGAAUGAAAAAAUUAAUGUCUCCAUCAUUGGGAUAACCGAUCGUGACAAGACCAAUAUAAAUUUCAUCGCGGCUAGUAGACAGAAUACGAACAAAACGCAAUUCACGCAGCGAGGUAUGCUGUACAGUACUGGUACAAACAUGAUUGUUAAUGUACGUGUCCUGUCUUUCUUUUCCACUUGGUCUUUUUUCAUUGACUCGGAGAAAAAAUGAAUUCCAAGGCAUAAAUCUUUCAGUGCCCGCACAGCGAUCAGACAGAACUCGAACAAUGUGCUUAAAAAGUUCUGUCCCCCUACAAAAAAAUUUCUGAGAACGACAAGGCAAAAAAAUGUGGAGAAAACAUUGUAGGUCAAAAUUUAUUUUUCAAGUUUUUCAGCCAAAAAUGAUGAAAAAUCGAGCUUUUUUGAAGCUUCUGGAGUAAUUUCUGAUAAAAAUUGACCUUGAAAUGUACUUUCCAGAAGUAUUUGCUGAUUUUUCGUAAGAUAAAAAAUUAAAUUUUGAUAAAUUUCGAAAAACUUCUAAAAAUGAGGUAGUUUAUUUUCAUCAGAAAUCACCCCAGAAGCUUCAAAAAUCUCGAUUUGUCAUCAUUUUUGGCUGAAAAAUUCGAAAAACAAUUUUGACCUUCAAUGUUUUUUUCUACAUUUUUUCAUUUUUCGUGAAUUCUUUUUUCAAUGUUAAAAAAAAACAUUUUUUUUCGUUCGACUAAUUCAAAAGAUGUUUAUCCUAACAAAACCUCAAAGUCUCUUAUAUUUUCUUGAUUUUCCCAUUCCCACCACCCGAAUUUUCCUUGAUUUUAAUUUAUUUUUCCCGCCCGCCUAGCCCUCACGAACCACAACAAAAACCUAUAAAAAUGUGCCGACAAAAGCCUCAGCAAAAAAAAAACUAAUAAAAACAAUUCGAGAAGGGGGGUAAACAAGGAUUACAAUUAUGGGUAUCAUAAAACUAUGCGCCAUAUGUUGGCAUUUUAUGGCCUGUAAAUUGGUGGUUACCCUGGGAAAACUUCCGUUUUUCUUUCAGGAUGUUGUCGAAUGAUGAUGCGUCAAUGUCUUGCGCGACAGUACCCGGUCUCAGCGCGCAGCAACGAAGAAUGUGUCGCGAGCAUCCGCAAGUUAUCAAAUAUUUGGUUGGUGGACUUCGCACAGCGCUUUAUGAGUGUCAGAAUGCUUUCAAAACUGAGGCAUGGAAUUGUACGUUAGAUGCGCCUGGUGUUGGAACUGCACCAUUGAAGAGUGAGUUAUUUUUGCCACGUUUCACACAAAAAUAUUCAAUUUUCCAGUCGCUUCAAAAGAAUCCGCCUACGUCUACGCCAUUUCCGCAGCCGGUGUCAGUCACGCACUUUCAAAAGCCUGCUCGAAAGGUUUGAUCAAUGAAUGCGGAUGUGGCGAUCAUCCAACAUCAACAUCAACAUUGCUUCCACAUUCCUAUGAAACCAAGGAUUUUAUUUGGUCCGGUUGUUCGGAUAAUGUUAAAUUUGGGAAUCAAUUUGGGCGGCGAUUUGUUGAUCAAUAUGAUAAGCAACAUUCCGAGCAGCCAAGGUAAGAUUUUGGUGAAUUCCACGUGACAAAAGCCCCGCAAUCUUAUUAUUUUUCAGAUCCAAAAUGAAUCUUCACAACAAUCGCGUCGGCCGUCGAAUCCUAACCUCAGCAAUGCGAAAAGAAUGCAAAUGUCACGGAGUAAGCGGAAGUUGUGUGACAAAAACAUGCUGGAAAGUUGUGCCGAAAUUUGAUGAGUUCGCCGCCAAACUGCUGCAAAAAUAUCAAGCCGCUCAACACGUUGAAAUCUCGGAAAAAGAUCAGAAAAUGUUUGUUCGACGAAGUGCUCCGAAAAAUGAGCAACAAAUGAGAAGUGAGCGAUAUUUGAAGCCCGUCGAACACAUCUCGAAAGAUGCCAUGAAAAAUGAGUUGAUCUAUCUGGAAACAUCGCCGAAUUAUUGUGCGAUUGAUGUGAAAGAUCGUGAAUGCGGCGAGAAUUGUCGACAAAUUUGUUGCGGUCGCGGAUGGCGAACAACUCGCGAAAUUGUCGAUGAACCUUGUCAUUGUCAAUUUGUUUGGUGUUGCGAAGUGAAAUGUAAAACUUGUAAGAAACUUCAGGAGAAAAAUUAUUGUUUGUAA